AUGCAGAUUUGGGACACGGCCGGCCAGGAACGGUUCCAGUCGUUGGGAGUGGCCUUUUAUAGAGGAGCCGACUGUUGUGUGCUCAUGUACGAUGUCAAUAAUGCCAAAUCUUUUGAGGCGCUGGAGAACUGGCGUGACGAAUUUCUGAUCCAGGCCAAUCCUCGUGACCCCGACUCGUUCCCGUUUGUUGUUAUUGGUAACAAAAUUGAUGUCGAGGACUCGAAACGGGCUGUCAGCACUAAACGAGCUCAGGCAUUCUGUGCUUCCAAAGGCAAUCUUCCGUACUUUGAAACCAGUGCUAAAGAAGCCACCGGGGUCGAACAAGCGUUUGAAGUAGUCGCACGAAACGCUCUCCAGCAAGAAGACGCCCAAGAUUUCAGCCAGGAGUACUCCGACGCUAUUAAUAUCAACCUGGACUCGGACUCCUCCUCCUGUGCCUGUUAA